AUGUAUGUUGACAUCCCAAACAGUCUUUCACGAUGCCCCCACCUGUACCAUGUGGUGCCCCUUCUACAUGUACCAACUCCUUGCAAAUCUUAUAUACCUGUAGCUGCUCUCUGUUUUUCAAAUUUACAUCCAAAUGUAACUAUUAUUUUUUCAGUACUAAUCUUUGUGCUCAAUGUUUUUUGCCAGUGGGUGUGGGCAUUUUUCACAACAUGUUCACCAGUUUCUCCUCUGCUUGUACAACAGGGUUCUGUGUACAGGAAAGUCAAUGCUGUGGAGGAGAUCCAACAAACCAACAAGGACAACUUCUGGGACCAGGCUCAGAGGGACGAGGCAGUGCGACGAAAAGAGGAGAGCAAGAGAGCGGAGCAGGAGAGGCAAAAGCUGGAGAGGGAGAGGAGGGAGUUGGAUGAGAAACAGGCGAAGGAGAGGGAGAAGAGAGAGAAGGAGAGAGCGCGGGAGAUUGAACGAGAGAAGACUCUCCAGAAAAAAAUGGAAGAAGAGGAAAAGGAAAGGGAGCAACAGCGACAGAAUCAGCAGGAAAAUACGAAGAGGGCAACAGGAAUAAACGCUGCAGCCUCUGUGCAGAAAGCUAAUGAAGCAAAGUCGCUCAUUUCUCAGAGGUCCUUCAAUCCCAGAGACAUCUUCAAGCAGAAGGAGCAGAGCUUUGACGCCGACAACAGACCACCUCCUGCGUCAUCCCGAUACGGACAGCCGCGCAGUGUGUUUCCGUCCCAGGAGUCAUUUGAGACCGAAGCUCCGGCGAACCCUCAGAGCCCCCCAUCAGAGUUGCAGUCCCCCACGAGGAACCCCUUUUCUGCAUUUACACCUAAACUGCCUGUGUUUCCUGCUGCAGCUGUCUCCCCCACACCCCCGGAGGCUACAGGUGUACCUGAGCACCCUGCAGAGGAUGGUUUCACUGAGGAGGCGGAGUGGUCAGAUGAGUUUGAGGAAAAUACUCCAGCUCACAGUCCAGUUCAGGAGAAUCUGUACGAGUCCCCAGAUCCAGUUGAGACUUCUGACAAUCUGUAUGAAGGUUUUAACCAGGAUGAAGCAGAGGCGCAGGACUACAAUCCAGGUAACAGUGGACAGCAGUACAGGGCCAAAGCUCUGUAUGACUACCAGGCCGCUGAUGAUACGGAGAUCAGCUUCGACCCUGAUGACAUAAUAACAGAGAUAGAUAUGCUGGACGAAGGCUGGUGGCGAGGUUAUGGACCCGAUGGACAUUACGGCUUGUUCCCCGCCAACUAUGUGGAGCUCAUCUCUGACUAACUGCAGCCUGGCCGCUCCGAUGUGAACAUGGAUUCUUAUUAAAAUGGCUUAUCGUUUCAUGUUACAGCUCGUCUCUGUUUACCACCAUCUAUCCCGCUAUUGUCUAUACCUGCUCGAAACAAUAAAAUGUUGCAAACCUUCAAUCUCA